AUGGCGCCGCACAUGUACGACAGCUCCUCGUCUGAGGAUGCUUCGAAGCCAGUGACGCAGGAGCAGAACCACAACAUCAAGACCACCUCGAGCUGCUGCUGCUGUUGCAGAAAAUCCGCCGAAUCCGCAGUAAACGGCGAGAAGGCGACAGAGACUGAGAAGAAGAAGACCGAGGAUGGCGAAACCAAGGAUGAGAAAGAGAAAGAGGGGGACAAGAAGGACGACAAGUCGGAAGAAACCUUGGACCCCUCCAAGGUCGGUAUGUCGUGCGGAAUGAAGAACCUCUACUCCGGCAAGGAAGACAAAAAGGGCCGCUUUCAGUGGCAGGACACCAUUCCCGAGGACAUUGGCAAGCCCGUUGAGAACGCAGAGACGGCAAAAUGGGCACUUCUCGUGCGCAACGUCAAGGUCUACAACGACCCCCGCAAGGUCAUGGAGAUGCACUCCAUCGUCAUCCAGAGCCCACUCUUGAAGAAGCUCCUCGAGCGCGUCCUCAAGGGCUACCCCGGCGUGACACCCGGCCUCAAGCGCUUGGAGUUCGACGGCCGUUUCCAGCCGCUCAUCCACAGAUGGCCGGAGCUGAAGCGUGCAAUCGAUAAGCUGGAUGCCAACUCGAAGUCCGAAGAUGAGCGUGUCACCAAGGAACACGCCAAUGUCCUCCUCAACGUGCUGCAAUCCGAGUUCAAGGACACCAUUGAACAAUCUCAGGACCUGAUCUCCAAGGGCGUCAUGACCUACGAGCACCUGUGGACCCUCUUCCAGCCCGGCGCCAUCAUCUACUGCCGGAAUGAUGGUCAGGAGACCGCCAUGAAGCUCACUGAUACCCGUUAUGGCUGUGACGACAACCAAAGGCCUUGCUUCUGGGUGCGCUGCAAGUACGUCGAUUGGAACGGCACGCAGUUUGGUACAAGCAGCUUGAACAUCAAGAUCCCCGGCUAUUCAGGCACCAGGACAAUCCAUCAGCUUUCCGCCUAUCCCAUCGAGUAUCACCAGGACUCCGACGCUCUCCGCAAGAGACUGUUGGAGAGAGGUGCCAAGUUCGAGGCUCUUGCCGGUUCACACUACAAGGCAUACCAUGGUCUCGCUUGGAAGGAGGACAGCUGGGGAAAGAGGCAGAAGUACAAUAUCAAGGGCCGUGUAGUCAUUGAUACGUACGGCUGGAACCGUUUCGAACCCAACUUCGCCAUCUACACCAACCCCUUGACGGACAAGCAAACGACAUCUGCAGGCAUUGCCGACACUUCCGGUGAUGAUGAGGUCGGCGGCAACAAUGACGACGACUGUAGCGACAACGAGUCGUAUUGUGGCUCCGAGGUGCAGUACGAUGGCAUGCCUUUGGAUGGCGAUUUCGCGGAUGAGGAGGAAGAGUCCAAGCGCCCACCGCUCACCGAGGAGCAGAAGCUCAUUGCCAGCCCCCUGGUCCGCGGUUACUCUCUCAAGUCGAAGCAGUGGCUGAACCUGUUUGUCAACAGCGUGCGCGAGAUCGAGUGGCAGACAAAUGCUUUUGAGUCUCUUGUGCUGCCCGCCAACCAAAAGGAGCUCAUCCUUGGCUUCACUGAGACCCAGAACAAGGUGAAGGCUUCAUUCGACGACGUCAUCGAGGGCAAGGGUAAGGGCAUUAUUCUCCUGCUUUGCGGUCCUCCUGGUGUAGGAAAGACGCUCACGGCCGAGUCCGUCGCCGAGGAGAUGCGCGUCCCGCUGUUCAUGAUGUCCGCCGGUGACCUUGGCCUGGACCCCAGUUCUGUCGAGGAUAAGCUGUCAGACAUCCUGGAGAUGUGCACGAAGUGGAAUGCCAUCCUGCUGCUUGAUGAGGCGGAUGUUUUCCUGGAGGAGCGCUCACUCCACGAGCUGGAGCGCAACAAGCUGGUCUCGAUUUUCCUCCGAGUGCUCGAAUACUACCAAGGAAUUCUCUUCCUCACGACCAACAGAGUGCAGACGUUCGAUGCUGCGUUCCAGUCCCGCAUCCAUAUCUCGUUGGAAUACCCCGAGCUGAGCGUGAGUUCGAGGUUGACGGUCUGGAAGAAUUUCCUGGCUGCGUCCCCGCAGAAGCACGCCAUCACCAGCAAGCAGCUGGAUUCGCUUUCUCUCAUGAACAUGAACGGACGGCAGAUCAAGAACGUUCUCAAGACGGCGCAGCUGCUGGCGUCGAGGAAGGAGACUGAGCUGACGUACGAGCACGUUCUGACGGUGUUGGACGUCACACAGCACCUGCACAACGCAAACCGGGAAACCGAGAGGACAAAGUCAUCGAUCUUCUGCUGA